UCAAGAAUGGUGAUUUUGAAAUAAUCAAUGGCCAAGUACACAUGCCAACUAAAAGUGAAAUAGCUACAAUAAGGGCCAGGACAGAACAAUACAAAAGGGGCGUAGAAUUUAAUGCAAGCAUGUCUUCCGACAUGGUAAAGAAGAAACUGGAAGAAACGUUUCCCUACUUAAAAAACAAGGGAUUUAUUUGUGCGGCAAAAAGAAAUGUGAACAAUGAUACAGCACGGUUUGACUUCGACGGAUCACCCAGUGGGUGGAAUGGAAGUACCAUCAGGAAAAAAAUUCAAGGCAAUUCUGCCCUCUAUAUUCUGGAGAAUGAUCAGAUGGACACGUCUAGUGGAAUAUCUGCAGGCGAUUCUGACUCUUCACAAGGUUAGCACAAUUCACCUUGACUGUGAUGUAGAAUAAGCCCUUUAACGGGAAUUUAGACGUGUA